AUGGUGACCUCAGGCCCAAAAAUUGAGGCCGAGGGACGUGUUGAGCCUCCUGCACGGAUCACAGAGCGUCCUGCUUUACGGCCAGCGAUAUUGAAGCGUCAAGCCGACAACAAGAUUUGCGGUUAUGUCAAUGGCGAUCCGGCUCUGAGCUUUACUUGCAUUGCUCGUGACGCCAUAUGUCUGUUCAACUCCGAAGCUAGUGCAGUAGGCUGCUGCUUGACUACCGGAUGCAAUAUCUACACAGCCUGCCUUCCAUAUGCUUCGUCGCGUGCCCUGAGCACCGCAGACCUGGACCGAACCCGCUACUGCUCAGAGGCCAGCGCUCCGUACUGCGCCAUACUGUCCUACGUUGAUGAGCAAUGGUCCGGCUACACUAUCCCUACCUGUGACAUUACACCCACGACGUAUAAUAUCUACCAUACACCCAUUCCCGACUCUACUUUCUUCACACGCCCGAUCACAUUCAGUUCAACACCUGGGCCCACACAUGCUGGUGAUAAUGAUGAUGAUGGCUCGAACAUACCCAUCGGCUCCAUUGUUGGCGGUGUUGUCGGCGGUGUAGCUGUCCUUGGUCUAAUCAUUCUCGGCGCGAUCUUUCUCCUCCGCAAGAACAGGUCCACACCGUCCACCAAAACCGACGCCUCGUCCUCUUCUCCGUCCAACCUAAACGCCACCACAGCGACCUCUCAACGUCCCUUUUCUCCGUCCCCACAGUACAUCUCCUCUGGAGCACCUCACACAUUCGAUCCGCGCUACAGCAUGGUCCCUCCCGUUGGCACUCCCUCAUCUGGGGCCCAUGCGGCAUAUCCUCAUCUACCUCACCAGCCGCCGAGUCCAGGGCCUGCUUUCCCGGGACAGCCAAGAAAGCAGCAGAAGGUAUAUCGUGCCUAUUUCCCUCCAUCAGGGGCUUCUGAUUCGGGGCCUGAGCAACAUGGUGCUGAGGAAGGGUAUCCGCAGGGAGUGGUUGAAUUGCCUGGCCAAGGGAUAGUGUUCGAGAUGGAUGGUACGCCGUCAGGUGCUGCGAGGGCUACAAGGUGA